AGGGGGGACAGUCGAAUUCUUCUAGGGUCAGAGGACGGCUGAGCUGCCCCGACCCCGUGAGGCAGGUGCAAGGACGAGGUCCAGAGGAGUUAAAGAGCAGGCCCAGGACCCCCAGCCGCACGACGGGCCUCCCAAAGCGCCUGCCACCAUCCAGGGGAUUUCUUGCACCGCAGCGGGUAAUUCCUGCCCCGUCCCCGCGGUGACUCAGCCGUGACGUGGAGCCACAGGCGGCGAGAGGACCGGGCGCCAGACCCCGCGCCGCACACAGGCGCCUCGCGGCUCGGCCCACGCUGCCCGGGCUGCUGUCCCCGCGGCCCCAGGAUGGCCUCCGGCUCGGCCAGCAGCCCCCGCCCGGCGCCCGACGAGAACGAGUUUCCCUUUGGGUGCCCCCCCGACGCCUGCCAGGAGCCGGCAGAGCCCAGGGCCGUCCGCUGUGCCGCCUGUCUCCCCGAGAACGUGAGGAGCGGCGAGGACCGGAUCUGCCCGAAGUGCCAGGGGGACGACCCGCAGUCUGGAAGCCCGGGCAGCCCGCUGUCGCAGGAGAAGGACCCGCCUGAGGUGGCUGAGGCUGAGGUCGGCUGCCCGUUUGCUGGAGUGGGCUGCCCCUACAAGGGCAGCCCCAGGCUGAUGCAGGAGCACGAGGUCGCCUCGCAGACCACCCACCUCAACCUGCUGCUGGGAUGCGUGACGCCGUGGAUGGCCCCACGUGGCCCCGGGGGCGCGGCCCUGGCCCUGGAGCGGAACCUGUCGGACCUGCAGCUGCAGGCGGCCGUGGAGGUGGCUGGGGACCUGGAGGUGGACUGUUACCGGGCGCCCCGCUCCGACAGCCAGGACGAGCACACCCUGCAGCGCCUCACAAAGGAGAAGCCCCUGGCUGAGCUGCAGGAGAAGCUGCGCGUGUUCGAGAACAUCGUGGCCGUCCUCAACAAAGAGGUGGAGGCCUCCCACCUGGCCCUGGCCGCCUCCAUCCACCAGAGCCAGCUGGACCGCGAGCACAUCCUGAGCCUGGAACAGCAGGUGGCGGAGCUGCAGCAGACGCUGGCCCAGAAAGACCAGGCCCUGGGCAAGCUGGAGCAGAGCCUGCGCCUCACGGAAGAGGCCUCCUUCGAUGGCACGUUCCUGUGGAAGAUCACCAACGUCACCAGGCGCUGCCACGAGUCUGCCUGCGGCAGGACCGUCAGCCUCUUCUCACCAGCUUUCUACACGGCCAAGUACGGCUACAAGCUGUGCCUGCGGCUCUACCUGAAUGGGGACGGGACGGGGAAGAGGACCCACCUGUCGCUCUUCAUCGUGAUCAUGAGAGGGGAGUACGACGCUCUGCUGCCCUGGCCUUUUCGGAACAAGUGUCAGGGGAAGCUGAUGGAGAAUCACACUCUGGACCCAGGGACUCGGGACUCCUAUGGUGCCACCAGCCACCUCCCCAACAAGGGGGCCCUGGCAAAAGCCAAGAACAACUUCAAAGACCUGAUGUCCAAGCUGACGGAGGGCCAGUACGUGCUGUGCCGCUGGACAGAUGGACUGUAUUACCUCGGGAAGAUCAAGAGGGUCAGCAGUUCUAAGCAGAGCUGCCUUGUGACUUUUGAAGAUAAUUCCAAAUACUGGGUCCUCUGGAAGGACAUACAGCAUGCUGGCGUUCCAGGGGAGGAGCCCAAGUGCAACAUCUGUCUGGGGAAGACAUCGGGGCCGCUGAAUGAGAUCCUCAUCUGUGGGAAGUGUGGCCUGGGUUACCACCAGCAGUGCCACAUCCCCAGGGCGGGCAGUGCGGACCGUCCCCUGCUCACGCCGUGGUUCUGCCGACGCUGCAUCUUCGCGCUGGCUGUGCGGAAAGGCGGCGCGCUGAAGAAGGGUGCCAUCGCCAGGACGCUGCAGGCCGUGAAGAUGGUGCUGUCCUACCAGCCCGAGGAGCUCGAGUGGGACUCGCCGCACCGCACCAACCAGCAGCAGUGCUACUGCUACUGCGGCGGGCCCGGAGAGUGGUACCUGCGGAUGCUGCAAUGCUACCGGUGCAGACAGUGGUUCCAUGAGGCCUGCACGCAGUGCCUCAAUGAGCCCAUGAUGUUCGGGGACCGGUUCUACCUGUUUUUCUGCUCCGUGUGCAACCAGGGCCCCGAGUACAUCGAGCGGCUGCCCCUCCGAUGGGUGGAUGUGGUGCACCUGGCCCUCUACAACCUGGGGGUGCAGAGCAAGAAGAAGUACUUCGACUUUGAGGAGAUUCUGGCCUUUGUCAACCACCACUGGGAGCUCCUGCAGCUCGGCAAGCUCACCAGCACCCCCGUGACGGACCGAGGACCACAUCUCCUCAAUGCGCUGAACAGUUACAAAAGUCGGUUCCUGUGCGGCAAGGAGAUCAAGAAGAAGAAGUGCAUCUUCCGUCUGCGCAUCCGCGUGCCCCCCAACCCGCCCGGGAAGCUGCUGCCUGACAAGGGCCUGGUGCCCACGGACGGCGGCGCCGCCUCGGAGCUGCGCAAGAGAGGAAGGAGCAAGCCCGGUCUGUUGCCUCACGAGUUCCAGCAGCAGAAAAGGCGAGUUUAUAGAAGAAAAAGAUCAAAGUUUUUGCUGGAAGAUGCUAUUCCCAGUAGCGACUUUACCUCCGCCUGGAGCACCAACCACCACCUGGCCAGCAUCUUUGACUUCUCGCUGGAUGAAAUUCAGAGCUUAAAAAGACGUGGACUCCACGGACGCCGCCAGCACCUCGGGCUCGGCUUCCACCAGCCUGUCCUACGACUCCAGGCGGACGGUGGGCAGCCGCAAGAGGAAGCUGGCGGCCAAGGCGUACGUGCCGCUGCGGGCCAAGCGGCGGGCGGCCGAGCCGGGCGGACGCUGCCCCUCCGACAGCAGCGCAGAGGCGGCGUCGGGCCCCGAGCGGCCGGACGAGGGCAUCGACAGCCACACGUUCGAGAGCAUCAGCGAGGACGACUCGUCCCUGUCCCACCUCAAGUCCUCCAUCACCAACUACUUCGGCGCGGCCGGGCGCCUGGCCUGCGGGGAGAAGUACCAGGUGCUGGCGCGGAGGGUCACGCCCGAGGGCAAGGUCCAGUACCUGGUGGAGUGGGAGGGCACCACCCCCUACUGAGCAGCCCCGGGCGGCGGCUCCUCGGGCCCCCAGCCCCCAGACUGUUGACCCGUGACCCCGGCUCCACGACCCCCGCCCCGAGGCCGUCCUCCUCCGAGUCCCGCCGUCCCCGCGCCUCUCUCCCGCGCGUGGGUGUGUUCACCACCUCCCCCGCAGGGCUGGCCUCCCCUGAUGUCCCCGGUGUCCCCGCACCUGACCCGGGGGUCACCCUGGGAGAGCAAGGACCUCUAAGCAUGGCCUUCCUGCCUGGCCCAGCCUGGCGGUGAGGGCGCGUGACGCCCCUGCGACAGCCCACGCGGCGGGGACCCGGGGCCAGGGCCUCAGGCGUCAGGCUGGGUCUCUGCCUCAAAGGCGCCCACGCCGCAGCCCCGUCAGAGGCCGUGAGGCCGGGCCCGCGGGUGCCCCUCUCCCCGGCCUCGCAUCCGCCGUGGCACUGGGGGUGCCUUGGAGACCCGCGGGCCAGGGAGGGAAGCGGGAGGCAGGGCGGCCGGGCCCUGCAACCCCCGCCGGCCUCCCGGCCCCCCGGCCCAGCACGCACCCACAGACGCCACCAUCACACGUGUGCUCUCUCCCUCCGGGACCACACCCCCCCACGCACACACCACGCACAUGCGCCGUGCAGCAUACGUGUACACACGCACACACCCUGCAGCAUGCACGUACACAGUGUACACACAGACCCACACACACCACGCGGCAUGCGUGUACACACACACACACACACACACCCCCCACACAAGCUCCCGCUCCCGCUCCCUCUGUGCCAGCCUGGUUCCUGCCCUCGGCUCUCCCUUGGCCUCUUCAGUGCUGCAACUAAAUGUGAAAGUCCAGCCUCUGCCCCUUCUUUCAGCCGUGAACGGUGGAGGCCCCGCACAGAGUGGAGCCCAGAGGACUCGUGGCCCCUUCCUUAUCCCCUGCUGUGCCCUGAGAUUGACAAUCACUUUUUGGGACAGGUUGGGAUUUUUUAACGGGCUUGUGUUACUCAGCGCUCUCCAAGGGAAGCCUCUGUCAGUGGGAGUAUAAAUAGAAUUCUUAGAACUGUUACAACUCAUCCCCAUCUGGAGGAAAACCAAAAAUGAGAAGAGGAGGGGACCCCUCAUUUUUGCUGCUUCCAGAGCUUUAGAAGCUGACUCACAUGAUGGGAAAGUAGAAAGAAGUGCCUUCACCAGGGCAAGGGGGACCAGCCGGGGGCCAGCCCUGCCAGCCGCUGCUGUGGCCUCCUCGGCCGAGCUCCGCAGGCUGCCAGCAGCAGGGCGAAGGUGGACGAACCAGGGGUGGCGGGCCCGGGGAGCUGGUUUUUCCUUUGCUGGGCUCAGCCACUCCCCACCUGCGAGCACCCGGGAGUCCGAGAUUGUUCAGAUGCCCCCGGCCUCGGACCUCAGUCCUCCAGUGCCUUCCACGCGGGACCUCACCUCCUGCACGUGGCCCGCCCCUUCCCUCCGCUUCCCAGGCGUGACCCAGGCAGGGAACAGCUGGGGCGGGGCCCACCCCCUCCCUUCUCAGCCCCACAGCUGCCGCCACUGAAGCCCCCAACUGGGGCCGGAUGGAAGGGGAGCUGAGAAGCCAGCCCCCAGCCCCGCAGGGGUGUGGGACCUCGGGAUCCAAUCUGUGGCUUCCUGCCUGGCUUCGGAGGGCACAGCCACCCCCCAGGCCUGCUUUCCAGGCUUCCGAGGAAGCACAGGAUGAGCACGGCCAGCGCGGCCACUGCACCUUCUCUCCUGAAGCCCCAGGGAGGCUCUGGGCUCGAAGGGGGGGCCGGGGCCUUCCUCACUUGGGAUGUCAGCCUAAGGCCUAGCAGGGCCACCCUGACUCCACAUCCCAGCAUUUCAUUCAUACCAGUUAAUAGCUGCAUUACUGCCAACUGACCUUAUAACCCUGUGCACCUUUGAAAAGAUUUAUGGUUUUGAAUUGCUGCUUUUAAUAACAUUUGUUAUAUUAAAGUUAUAAUUAAUGUG